GUUUUAUAUUCACUUUGUUAUGUGAUCUAAAGGCAGUCGGACGUUUUUCCUGUAUUUAAUAAGCAUUUUUAGUUUAACCAAAGUUUUGAAAGUGCUAACGAUGGCGCUUCGAUGUCUCGUCGCCUUUUUGGCCGUUACUUGUACACAUGCUCUGAAUCAAUACCAAAACCAAAAUGGAAAUUUUCAAAACAACCAAGGUUUUAGGCAACCACAAUUCCCGACUAUUACGAUGCCGCCAAUCAAACCGAUGGUAUUCCCAACUUUUCCGACAUUUCCCACAUUUUCCCCGCAGGAUAUAAUCAACCAACAAGUAGGCCCUGGAGUAAAUUUCAAUGGUGCUGCCAUAUCUUCGUCGAGUUUCACAAACGUUGACCAGAAUGGGAAAGUGCAACGUGGAGGGCUCACUAAAAUUAUUACCAAUCGCAAUGGGGUUAUCGAGGAGCGUACAUACCCUGAUGAUGGCUCUAACAUCAAUAUAGUGUCUUCGUUUCCACAACCUAAAAUACCUAAGUUUCCGGUACUUCCACAGAUAAAGUUACCUUUACCUGUCUUAUCGGUACUCCCAUUUCCUCAAAUAAAGGUUCCAUUCAUACCACUGCCACCUGUACCAAAAUUCGACCCCAUAGUUAUCCCAAAAUACAAGCCUGGCCCAAAUGAAGAAUUUCGCGGAAGAUCCAUCGUUUCAUACAGACAUUCAUCCAAUAUCAAUGGUGAAAGGAGGGGUGGUGGCGUUGAUACCAUUAUCAAUAAUGAUAAUGGGAGAGUUGAUAAGAAAACUUAUAAAUAUGGAGACUUAAACGAUAAUUACUAAGUAUACAGAAAGGAUAUCUAGACACCACGAGGAAGUAUCCUAUGUACUGUAUUUUUUUUACGAAAAGCACUUUUUGUAAAUUUACAUGUUAUUGCUAAACCAACUGGUAAUAUAACAAACAUAAGAACCUGAACUUUAUGAAAUCAACCAAACAUUUGAUUUAAUAAGACAUAUUAAUUAAAUAAAAAUAUUUUAUUCAACAAUAAUACAUUUUGUUGGUUUUAAAACGUUUGAUUCAGAAAAAUUUGCUUCAGUCAUACUGCUACUUGCCCUCCAGGUGAUACAAAAAGCUUUAGCUAUAACAUUUGUAUACUACAAGUAUAUAAAAUACAUGUAACUCCUCAUACACAUAUUAAUUUUAGAUUAAGUUUUUUGAUUUAAGCAAUUGAUAACUUGCCUUAACGGUUUUUGAAGAGACGAAGUAGGAUAUACUUAUAAGGAUAACUUUAAACAGUGUAAAACAAGUCAAACAGUGUUUGAAUUAAUAAUGUUUCGAUGCAUAAUUGAUUUACAUUUUGUUUUGUAAUUAAAUAUGGUUUGAUAAAAAUAUUUGUUAUUUAAAGUUUAUUACAUGAAUAUUAUUUCUCCUUUCUUCAAUAUAGAGCGAAGGAGUCCUUGGUAGGAAACAAAAUCUGAUAUUUAUUUUGAGCAUGUCUGUAAUCAAUCAAUAACGGUUAUUUGAUGUCGCUGCAGUUCCUACCUUUUUGUUAUAUUGACUAACUACUAACUAUUGACUUACGCUGUUAAGUCUUUACAGUUCGAUAGCUAUCGUCUUCAAAAUGUAAUAACAAAAUUUAAGUAAGCAGUCACACGCUGAAGCCACUAGGCCAAAACUGCUCUGCAUUAUAUUUUUGUAGUCUUCGCAUGGAUGUAUAGUAAAGUCUACACAACAUUUGAUCAACAUCUAGUAAAAACUAUGUAUUGCCUUAAUAUGAAAAAUUAUUCACUCAAAGAAUGUAAAUAAAAAUUACAGUUAAAGCCAUCAGUCGUCUUCAGAGACGCCUUUAUACAAUUUCUAGCAAAGAUGUCUAAUAUCAUAAUUAUCAUUAAAAACGUAUUCGACACCUAGAUUUUACAUAGAAAUUGUCAUCUGUAGAGACGAGAAAUCAGACUCAAUAAACAAAAAUUUAAAAUACUACUUAUUUGUUCAAAUUUUACAAGAUUUUUUAUAGAUUUGAUAAUAAUUAAUAAAAAAAAUCGAACUACUGUCUUUAAACUUAAUCCCCGACCUUUUACUACGAAGACAUCUCGAAUGGAUAUAACGUUAUUAAUUUUAAUUUUCCUAAUGUCCUUUUUUUAAACGUAUAGACUUCACAAUCUCUUGUGGCUCUUCAUAAAGGCUAGCUACCCAUUUGUUGAAUAACACUUUUAGAAAGGGGUUUGAUUUAGAUCACUAAAUAAAAAUAAAAAAACCUGAACACGAGUAGAAAGGACCAUGUCUAAACUCAAAAUUUUCAUCAUCUCUUAGUCAGGUGAGAAUCGAUGACAUGCCGAGGAGCAAACAUCUUUAGUUUUUAACCUUGGAAUUUAAACAUAGAAGAAUUUUGCAAGCUAUUCAAAAUUAUAUAAUGCACAAAGAAUCAUAUUCGUAAAAUGUUGGAUAAUUAUCUUAAUGACAGCAAUAACAUCCAGGACGACUAAACAAUGUCGUGAAAAAUAGCUUUCGUUCAAGGUUGGUUACCAAUAACUAUAAAAGAUGCAGAUAUUUUUGCAAAACUUACAGUAUCUUAAAUUAUCUUUAUAAAUAUAUUCGUAAGCAGUAUUAAUCAAGAAAGAUGAAAACAGUGUUCAUACUUGUCUUAUGUCUUACAUUGACAUAUUGUGCUAUAAUUAAACGAGAAGCUUCUGAAAACGAGGAGGAAGGAAGACCAGAACGUGAAGAAGGAGGUGAAGGAAAAGCAGAGGAAGAAAAAGAUAAUAAAGAAGACGAUGCUGGAGAAAACGAACAAGAAGAAAAAGGUGAGGAGGGAGGUGAUAAAGAGUCUGAAGAGGAUGGUGAAGGUUAG